GAUGCGCUCCAACGCCUGUGAUCCGAUUUUAUCGAGACCGUUCGAUGUUGUGACUGGCAGAUGCCCUUUUCACCCGCUUGCUUCUACGCUGACAUGCCGCGCGUUCUCUGCUGUUUGUCGUUUGCCUUUUACGCGCAGACGUAACGAGUCGUAUGAUAGAUACGAGGCUCUGUAACUGCGUUUCUUAUUCGCUGUGCUACGGUUACGCAAGGAACUCGUUCAAGCGAUUUUCAGUCUGCUAUAGAAACCAGAGAGUCGAAAAACUUACGUACGAUACGUGUACUUACAUACACAAGUACGUAUAAUUUGAAACUCGUUAAACCGGAAUACCUCCGUUUCUCCGAUCGUUUUACAAGCUACGAGCAACGUUAACUCGCGUUUAUUCGAGAUAUACGCCAACUAGUUCCUUUCCUCCCGAUAUCUCUAUUUCCCAAAACGCCCACCACCCAACACCCAACACCCAACACCCAAGUGACGGAUUUUCAAACGAUGCGCCAUAUCGUCACGCCUAUUGCUAGCCUGCGGCGCCUCGACGUGGACGAUCGUCGCAGUAACGGAUUUAAGAAUUUUCAGGCCCGGGACUGGCCAAUUUUUAACAAACUUACGAAUUAUUUAUCCAUUAGUGUUUUUCAAAACACCGAUUUUUUACCAAACUCAUCCUUUUCUUUUUUUCUCGUCAUCUCUUCGGAUAACUUUAAUCCUUUGCACUGCAACAAUUCUUUUUUUCAAUACUACUUUUUUUACAGCUUUCGACACAAAUCGUUUAUUCUAAUUUUUUUUUUUUUUUUUUUUUUUUUAAUUUAUCAUCGAUAAUACAUAUACUUGCGUAUCCAUAAUAUUGUCUAUUGAAAACACAAGUUAGAAAACUAUUACAGAGUGAAUAGAGAGAAUGCUCGAUCCCUAGAUUCCUGCUGCAUUGGUAAACUGCAAUUGCAUUGCAAUUGAUUGUAACAACGUGUGAAGAAAUCUAGUCUUUGUUACUCUGUAAACUGUAAACGAACAAGUUAUACGGCAGACAGAAAUAGCAGUAUCUCUCGCAUUUUCUUAUUAUUGAAUUAAAUGCGCUUAACGUGACGAGAAUUGCACACGACUUGUAAGAUAUGUAUAUCCUAUAAUACGUACAAGAUUACAACACUCGUUAUCACCAAUAUGAAUGAAUAACCUAUAAAGAAAAUGUAUCGCGUGGUGCGCGCUUGAUGCGCGCUUGAUGCGCGUCAUACACACCAACUCUCAAUAAUCUGCAAAUUGACAUGCGACGAAUCGAGUCGGUUUACCUGUUCUUUUUCUUACCUGUCAUCAGGAUCUAGAGAAUUUUCGAAAACAGCCAAUCAGGGGCCGGGGACCGUACGAUAUUCAUUUUUGCUCGAUCAAGGUACAUACUACAUACUUACUUACUGUUCACACACGACCCAUCUAGUAAUACGAUCCAUCUACUCUACUGUAUACAUGAUUUUGACAAGUAUAAGUGAGUAACAAGAAUUCCUUGGAUCAUUGGAAAGCAGCAUUCUACUCUUCUUCUUAAAAGUUACGGCGAUAAUCAUGGAAACGAAAAUAAACAUCGAGGAAUUAGCGGUAGAAUCGAAACAGAAGAAAUUUCCUUCGGAAGAUCGUUCGAACGACGAAAAUAAAAGUCAAGUGGAAUGUAAAAUAAAUACCGAUAAAGCGUCGAAAUGUGAAAACAUUGUCAAUUCUACCGAGAAUUAUACAAACGAUUCGUCGGAGGAUACAAACAAUACGGUUAAUACCGCUACAUUCAAAAAGCCGACCGUACUUAUCAGUCCCAAACGUUCUCGGCCAGUAGGUAAAAUUUCGAAAACAUCAUUACUUUCGAUAGAUGAAACUACCAUUCGUUGCCCGGACCAUGUUUCGAUACCUCAAGAACAUUCCAACGAUUCUCCAUUUCCAUACGUAGAACCCUCCUGGGGUGGAGAACCGGAAAAGGUUUAUGAAAUGGAGGUAUUAAAAUCUGGAGUCAUCCUAGAGACAAUUUCGCUCGCCGAACAAAAUUUCUACAUCGUCGGACGGUUGCCUUCUUGUCACGUAUCCCUAGCACAUCCAACCAUUUCGAGAUAUCAUGCUGUUUUGCAAUAUAGAUCCACCGAAGACCAGGAUGAUUCGAAAGGAUUUUACGUUUAUGAUUUGGGAAGUACUCAUGGCACAUAUUGGAACGGAAAUCUUAUAAAACCUUAUGUUUACGUAAGGGUACGGGGUGGUCAUAUGCUUAGGUUUGGUUGUAGUCAAAGGAAAUACAUUUUAAAAGCACCACCGGACGAUCAAGAGGAAGAAUCUCGAUAUACCGUUUCAGAAUUAAAAGAAAUGAAAGCGUUGGAAUUAGAAAAACGGGGUACGAACGGGGAAGCAUCCGUAGAUGAAAAAGAGGGCGAUGGUAUUGAUUGGGGUAUGGGAGAGGAUGCGGACGAAGAAACAGAUUUACAAGAAAAUCCUUAUGCCUGCAUCGUCGACGAGAAUUUAGUUUUGGAGGAUCCUAAGAAAACUCUAAGAGGCUGGUUCGAAAGAGAAGGAUACGAUUUGCAAUAUAAAACCGAAGAGAAAGGACCUGGGCAAUUUUUAUGUUGGGUGGAUCUUCCGAUGGAAGAAGUUAUCGGACGUUCGGUGAGAGCAGAAGCUCUUGUCAAAGGCAAAAAAAAAGAAUCUGUUGUGCAGUGCGCGCUGGAAGCCUGUAAAAUCUUAGACAAGUAUGGAUUGUUAAGGCAAGCAAACCAUGAAGCGAGGAAAAGGAAAACAAGAAAUUGGGAAGCAGAAGAUUAUUACGAUUCGGACGAAGAUAAUUAUUUGGAUAGGACAGGAUCGAUAGAAAAAAAACGCGAGCAGAGAAUGCGACUGGCUGGUAAAUUGGAAGAAAAAGUCGAAACGUACGAUUCGUUGCUUGAAAAACAUACAAAAGUGACGAAACGAAUCUCACAUUUGUCAAAUUUAAUAAAAACUUGGCAAAAUGAAAAUAAUGCAAAGAAAGAAACAACAGAGGAGGACGCGUUGGAUGUUUUUAUGUCAAGCUUAAAUUCGUUUGCUUUAACGAAAAACGAUAUUGCCAAGAUGAAACUGGAAUUACAAACUCUUCGUAAAGAGGAAGCGGGAUUAAUUAAAUUAUUAAACUUGACACGACCGGCAAAUUUACCAGCUCUUAUUUAUCAUGAUAUAACCGAAGAUGAAACGAUACAUGAAGGGGAAAGAAGGUCGAAUCUUUCGCAAGGAACGUCAUCGAAAGCAAGCGGAAUUCAACACUGUAGAAAGACGAAAGAAGGAAGUGUUAAAAUAACAGAUACAGAUAAUAACUUGCCAGUAUCUGGUACAAUCUCGGGCAGAGAAAUGGAAAUUGAAUCUGAAGGAGACUCGGACGUUGAUGAGAAAGACGAGCUAUUAUUUAAUUCUUCCUGUUUGAUCGAUAAGGAAAGCCCCGAAUCACAGGCUUCUACUAUUAGUAAUACUACUGUUGUUACCCCUAUUUCUAGUACUGUCGAUGCUACUGCUGUUACAAAUAUUGCAGCUAGUACUACCACCAUUACUAUAAAUAAAUCUCCGAGAAGAAACGAAAAACUAGAAAAGCAUGAAGGCGAAACAACGAAGAAACGCCGACAAGCAGCGAAUUGCCAUCAAGACGAGAUUUACGCGGAUAAUUACUCGAUGUGGGUUCCGCCGAAAGAUCAAUUAGGUGAUGGAAAAACAAAUCUUAACGAAAAAUACGGUUAUUGAAACGAAAAUCAAUUUUACAAUACAUAUUGUAAAUAUCCUUCGUUUAUACAAUGUAUUCCCCUUAUGUUAAUUAUAUACAUAGUUAGUAAUAUUUUGAUUAAUAUUUCUCGUGAUAUCUACAAUAUUGUAAUAAAA